AGUUCUCAGAAAGAACUUUUUGUAUUUUCCUCACAGAGGGGAAUUCAGCUCUUAAAGCAAAACUUCAUUUCAGUGCUGGGAAAUAUAAGCAAGUGAGGCUGACAGAGGCAGAGGGACUGGCACGAACUGGAACAAGCCUCUCAGCAGACAAUUGGAACAGGAAGCAAGGAAGGAAAGGGUCUUUCACCCGGAGGAAGACUAGCUAACUCAUUGGGAUUGAGACAAGACAGCCCCACAAUAACUCCAGAGACCACCCAUUGUAAGAUUAUCGCACACAUACACACACACACACUUUUAAAAGCAGAAAAACAGCAAGAGGAGAAAGGUUUAGAGAAACAGGCAGGCUCAAACCUAAGAUCAGAACUAGUUUGUUUUACUGAGAAGACAGCAAGCAUCAGGAGGUAUUUUGGAUAUUUCACUUCUCUAUUUUUGUGAAUCACAUUUCCUUUUUUAUUUUUAUUGUUCUUGUUAUUCUUCCAAUGCCAACUGUCACAAAAGAAGGUAAGAGUCAACUUUUGGCUUAAGCUCAUUAAGACAAAAUAUCAAAAUGUCAAGAACCUUCAAUGCAAUUUUUGACCAAAGGAUGUUUUUAUCAUAUACUUAAGUUGUCACCGCACCUGCUCUUGGCACAUGCUCUUUGAGUGUUUGCCAUCUUGCAUUUGUUCACAGAAGGUGACCUGAGCAUCAGAAGAUGAACACCACACUUUUGAACACCUCCAUUAGGUGUAUAAGAGAUACGAGUGUGACAUCAGUGAUUUUCCCAGGUCUAUACAGUAUCCUUUGUAUAGUUGCCCUUGUGCUGAACGCCUUGGCUGCAUUGAUCUUCUUCAACAUUCCAAGCACCACAACAUUUGUGGUAUUUUUAAAAAAUGUGGUGGUGGCUGACUUGCUGAUGACUCUUACCAUUCCUAUAAGAAUCUUAAGUGAUGCAGGGGUGGGUUUCUGGCAGCUACGUGCCUUCCAUUGCAGAUACUCUGCUGUUCUCUUCUACAUCACCAUGUACAUCAGCAUUUUGUUGCUGGGGCUCAUCAGCUUGGACCGGUACCUGAAGAUCGUAAAGCCCUUCGGAAGGUGUGCCCUGCACAAGGUUCGGGUCGGCCAGAUGCUGAGUGCAGCCAUAUGGGUUGUAAUGUUAUCUCUGGCACUGCCUAACAUCAUUCUCAGCAACAAGCCCCCUGAAAUCUUGGGAAACAAACUGAAGUGCUCCUCAAUGAAGAGCAAAGCUGGCCUAUUGUGGCAUGAGGGAUUCAACUACUUCUGUCAGGUCAUAUUUUGGGGUACGCUUGCCUUGAUGGUGUUUUGCUACAUGUUCAUCAGCAAGAAGGUCUAUGAGUCAUACAAAGCAUCAAGAAGCAGAUCUCAUGCUGCAAACCGCAGAACCAAAGCAAAAGUCUUUGUGGUGGUGGGGGUGUUUUUUAUCUGCUUUGCCCCUUUCCAUUUUGCACGUGUUCCAUAUACACUGACUCAAACCCGCAGCACCAGUCCCUGCCGGGCACAGAACGCUCUCUACAUCGCCAAGGAAACCACACUUUGGCUGUCAGCAACUAAUGUAUGUCUUGACCCACUUAUUUACAUCUUCCUGUGCAGGGUGUUCAGGAAAAGGCUGAUGGCCACAUUCUGCAAAACAACCAAUGAAUCUCCUAAAGCAACAUCAACGCAACUUGAGAUGUCACAAAUGGCCCAAACUAUCAGACUGUCACACAAUGACACGUCCCAUAUCAAACAAUGCACAUCAGAUUCAAGUUUUGAUUGUUAAUGUCCAUCUAACCUGAAAGAACGUUUGUUGUCCUUGUAUGUAGCAGUUUAUUUUUUGUGUAAGAUUUGCACAAACUCUUAAAAUGAGCAGACAAUAACUGGACUCAGACAAAUAAGAUGCCAUUAGUUUCAGUGCACAUCACGCCUGUUAUUUUUUUGUGAACCAAGCUCUUGUGCAAAAUGUUUGCUUACUCAUUCAACACAUUUCCUUAACUUAAUUUACUGUCAGUUUUGGCAUCCUGUGGUUUAAUCUCUCUCAAACUGUACUUUCCCUAUUUGUAAGACUUAGUGGAGUGGAAACAUGUCAACAGAACAAAUUUUGAAAUUAUACACUGCCGGUGAGAAGUUUUAGAUACACUUUCUCACGUAAUAAAUCUGUUUAUUUUAAUGACUAUUUAAAUAGUAGAUUCUCACCAAAGGCAACACGACUAUGAAUGAACACACAUGGAAUUAUAUAGUAAACAAAAAGUGUGAAAUACCUCUAAACAUUUUAAUAUUUUUUUAUUUUUUUAAAUAGUCACCCUUUCCUUUAAUUACUGCUUUGCACCCUUAGCAUUCUCAUGAGGAGGUCACCUAAAAUGGUUUUCCAAAGAGUCUUGAAAGAACUUCCCAGAGGUGCAUUGAGAGACAGGGGUUAAUAUUUCAAUCACAAGAAAGGGCAGCUACUUUAAGGAAUCUAAAAUAUAAAAUAUAUUUAAAGUUAUUUUACCAUUUUUUGUUUGCUACCUAAAUGCAAUUGUGUUCAUUCACUGUUUUGAUACCUUCAGUGAUAAUCUACAUACAAUGUAAAUGGUCAUAAACAUAAAGAAAACCAUUAAAUGAGAAAGGCGUUGUAAAACGUUUGACUAGUAGUGUACAGUAUACCAAGUAGGAGAAAAACACGAAGAUGUGUUGGGGACCAGAAGCUUUUGAGAGUAAUCUGAUUACGAACAAUAUUACCACUGAUAGCGUAAUUACUAAUAUUUUUACAUAAGUGUUAUUUAUGCCUUAGUUGCAUGGUAGUUAUUUUAAUGCUAGAAUCCUAAUGUGAAUGUCAGACUUUAACAUGUGAACUGAAAAUCACAUUCCACUUAUGUGACAUUUACUGUGCAUGCAGUUUCCAGAUCUGAUUUUUUUUUGGACAUAAGCAGACGGGUCAGAUCACCAGCUGUUUUGAGGUGGCUGCAAGGCUAUACAGUAUGUCAGAAAAGAAUGCAUCCACAGGCCUUCUGAAGUUGCGCUUACAUAGAUAUUGGUAAAUAUGAUAACAUAGUCUUUCAGCUGGUUUCUGCAGAAAGCACUGAUGAGACCAUACUUCAGGGUAGAUGAUCAAUAACCUAGUUCUGGUGUCAUGCCAGUAUGUAGUGCCAUUUCAGUGCAAGUGUGGUUUUACCAUAGACUGUAAAGAUGAUGACACAAAUCAACAGUGGUAUUUCUGUAUUGGUACCACUUUUGUUGGGGUAGUUGUUUCCUUCUACCACAGAAAUUUUUUGAAUGCCGAAAAAUGCACUCUCUCAGUAGUAAACUAUAGCACUUUUAGAUUGACCAUACAUUCUCACUUAUAUAAUAAAUAAAAACUGAUUUUUUUAAUGUUGUAUGUAACAGUUAAAGACUGAGGUGAGUUUUGACCAACUUUAAAUAAUAAAACUUGCCUUUACUAAAUAGCGCAAAUACUCAAAAAAUUAUACCAAAAUAACUGUUUGGUUGGUAAACUAAUCUUGAAAGAUCUUUUAUCUUUACAGGAAAGUUUUGUUAUUUUCUUAUUACAUAAGCAUCUUUAACAUUUGUAAAGAAAUUCUGACUUUUUUGAGUAAAAACCCUUAUGUUGAUUUUCCUGAUCAUAAGGAACUCAAUAUGAUUCAUGACAAUUUAUACCAAAAUUGAUUUGUGCAUUAGUCUUGUCAUUAAAGGUAAAUAACAUCUUCUUCAAAACUAAGUUCCAACUAAUAAUAAGUUGAAGCAAAAUUUUGGAGAACUAGGUAAUCCAUUGAUCAUGGUACUGGAUCUUAUGCUUCUGCUGUUCCACUCUAUAUUGGAGUGUUUUUGUGUAAACUUUCUUUCUGAUUGUACUGCACAUGUGUAUUUCAUGUUUGUACAUUAAUAUCUUUAUACCUAUGGAUUAUUACUUUUUCAUAACCUUUUAAUUAACACUCUUCACAAAAAGCAAUAAGUGGGAAUGAAAACCCUAAUUUGUAUGUCUUUGUCCAAUGAAACUUGAAAGGAGGGAUGUUUUUAUCAGCA